GCGUUGGGCGCUGGCGGAGGGUCGGGCCGGCCCCGCGUUCGGAGUUCCUCCCUCCGCCGGCGGCACCUCAGAGCGCAGGCUCGGCGCCCGCGGGCCCUGGGUUUUCCCGUUCGCGCCUCAGUCCGGGGCCGGGACGGACCGGGUCCGGGCCGGGGACCCGCCGCGCACGCCCCGCGGAGCCCGGGCCGGGCCGUGGCUCUGGUUGGUGAGGCGCGGGGAGCCCGGCCGCCGCCUCGGAGAGCCCGCCGCCAGGUACCAAGAACAGUGAUUAUCUUACAUUGGGAGAAGGGGAAAGAAGUGCUUUUUAUUUUCGAUCGGGCACCGAAACAGAAACUGCAGUUGUGGUAUGAAGAAGGGAAGAGGAAGAACAAGCCGGAUCAGAAGACGAAAACUCGGCAGUUCUCAGUCCAGAGGAGUGAAUGAGAGCUACAAGCCUGAAUUUAUAGCUCUUAAGAAGUGGUUGAAAGCUAGGAAGUUUGAAGAUACGAAUUUAAUACCUGCUUGUUUUCCAGAUACCGGGCGAGGGCUGAUGAGCAAGACGUCCCUGCAGGAGGGCCAGCUGAUUAUCUCGUUGCCUGAGAGCUGCCUGCUCACCACGGACACGGUGCUUAGGAGCCGCUUAGGGCCGUACAUCGCCAGGUGGCAGCCGCCCCCGUCUCCGCUGCUGGCGCUGUGCACCUUCCUGGUUGCAGAAAGGCAUGCUGGGGACCGGUCUCCCUGGAAGCCCUAUCUGGAGGUCUUGCCAAAGGCCUACACCUGCGCCGUGUGUCUGGAGCCCGACGUGGUGGCUCUCCUUCCCAGGCCGCUGGCGGAGGCGGCCAGAGAGCAGAGGAUGCGCGUGCGCGAGCUGUUCACUUCCUCCCGAGGCUGCUUCUCCUCCCUGCAGCCCCUGCUCUCCGCUGCCGCCAAGAGCGUCUUCAGCUACCGCGCCUUCCGGUGGGCCUGGUGCACCGUCAACACCAGGGCCGUGUACAUGGCGAGGGGCCGCAGGCAGGGCCUGUCGGCGGAGCCCGACACCUGCGCGCUCGCCCCGUUCCUGGACCUGCUGAACCACAGCCCCGCCGUCCAGGUGGACGCGGCGUUUAACGAGGAGAGCCGCUGCUACGAGGUCAGGACGGGCUCAGGCUGCCGGCGGCACCAGGAGGUGUUCAUCUGCUACGGCGCCCACGACAGCCGGCGGCUGCUGCUGGAGUACGGCUUCGUGCCCCGCGCCAGCCCCCACGCCUGCGUGCCCGUCCCGCCAGAUAUGCUUGUUAAAUACCUUCCAUCAGCAGAUAAGCAGAUGAACAAAAAGAUUGCCAUUUUAAAGGAUCAUGACCUUAUAGAGAACCUGACGUUCGGAUGGGACGGGCCGUCCUGGCGGCUGCUCACGGCGCUGCGGCUGCUGUGCCUGGAGCCUGCGGAGUUUCUGUGCUGGAAAAAAGUCCUUCUUGGGGAGAUAGUUUCAGACGUGAAUGAGAAGAAGAGUUUGGACAUCGCCCAGAAAAUAUGCUGCUACCUCACAGAGGAGGCUAGCGCUAUGCUUCAAAAGGUUUCUCACAUGAAGGAGAAGGAAAUGGCGGGGACACACCAGCUCACUCUGGUGGAGACGCUGUGGACAGAGGAGCUGAAGAUCCUCCGGGCGUCUGCCGAGACAAUGAGCAGUGUGCAGAGGCUGUUCGCCUCACCCAGGUGCCCCGCCCGAUGCCACCCCCUCUGCGGAUGCGACACCUAAAACACUGAGCACUAAGGCACGCUUUACCCAGAACCGCGUACACCGACGGAGGCUCCCAUUAAAUGGUGUGCUUGACGCCGAAACCGGUGUGGCUCAGUGGAUAGAGCGUCGGCCUGCGGACUGAAGGGUCCCAGGUUCGAUUCUGGUCAAGGGCAUGUACCUUGGUUGUGGGCACA